AAUCUACGUUUAAUUUUCAUCAAGUACAGACAUAACCUCUUUAUACUGAGCAUAAGAAAACCAUAUCCAGGAAAGAUUAAUAACGAAUAAUAAAAAUGUCAAAAGAUAUAAAAGAUAAUACAACGUUGUCUGUGUUGUUCGAUAGUGCAUUUAAAUCAUUUAAUAAUAUUAUUAAAACAGAUGAACCAAUGAAAGCGUCAAAUAUACAGUCAGACAUCAAAAACCUAAUUCACAUGUUUGAGGAGUUAACAAAAUUUGUAUCUAUGGUAGACAUGUUUAGCCAAAAUGAAACUGUCGAUGAAAUAGCAACAGAACAUCUCAAAUAUCUUUUAUUACCGGCUUUUCUUGGUACUCUAGUUACUAAAAUAUCUGGUACCAAUGACAGAAUGCAUGUGAUCAAAGUAGCGGAAAUUUACUUUAUUGAUUUCCUAAAAAGAGCUAAGGCUUGUGGUAUUACAGACAUAAAAAUUCCUGAAGCAAGUUUGGAACAAGAAAGUAGUAGUUCUUCUAACGCCGGAGUCAAAAGUAACGCUGAGAUGAUUACGAAGAUGGUUUCUUGUAGAAAUACAAAAUUACAAAGAUAUAGAGAACAAAAGGAAUUGGAGUCUCGUUUAGAAAUCUUGCAAGAAAACUUGGAUAAUCCAAACAUUGAUGAUGAAAGUAAAAGGGAAUAUUUUAUGGCACUUUUAAAAUUAUACGUAAUACAAGCGAUUGAGGAAUUGAGUUCGAUAGCAGCAGAGAAACCUAUUUUGGAACACAUGCAAAAGUUAGACCCUUCAGAAAAAAUGAUGCAGAAAUUCAUACCAUCUGCUAAUAUACUUAAACCAAUUAUUAUCACACGAAAUGAACUGCAAAAGAAAGUUUAUGGUGCUGGAUAUCCAAGUCUUCCAGUUCUAACGGUUCAAGAAUUUUACGAUCAAAGAGUUAAGGAAGGAGUUUUUCCUGAUCCAUCGAAACUUGAUCGAAUUAAUUUCAAAGUUCUUCUAGAUUGGAUUAAAAGCAAUGAAAAUAAAAAUACACAGGAAGAUAUUGAAAAUAUAGAAAAGGAAGAAAAGAUAGAACAGGAUGAUCCAGAGCUUUUGGAACGAAACCGUGCUAUGGAUGAAUACAAGGAUACGCAUCGUCGAGGAUGGGGAAACCGUGCGAAUAGAAGUUAAAUCCAAAAUUACGUACUAGUAUAGAUAAUACAAAAAAAUAAAAUUAUAUAAGUAAUAAAUAUUUCACUAUAAUAUGUUGUGCAUUACAUUAUAUUCCGUUAUACUAUUUUAUUUUAUAAACUAUUCUAUUAUAUUGUAUUAAUGAAACAAUGUUAAUCGUGAAUAUUCAUUAAUUUAUUUAAAAAUAAUAUUAAAUAUCAUUU